GAAAAAUUUUCUAUCCUCUGUCAAAACAGUGCAGAAGAAAGAAAUAAAACUUGUGCAAAUGCUAAGCUGAGAAGUUUUUGUUGAGAGUGGAGGUGAAGGCAAAUAUAUAAAACAUACGAGGCGAUUUCUGUUUUCCACCUGCUACAAUCACACCGUCGAACCUGGAGCAUCGGCUAUGGAUGACGACCUUACGGAGUACGCGCCGGAUAUCCCGGACAAUGUGCUGGAGUUGAUUUUUUCCUACCUGAAGCUGCAGGAUUUGCGGAAUUGUGUGCUGGUGUGCAAGAGCUGGAAUCGUUUCCUGAACGAUGAAAACAAUGAGGUGUGGCGAACGCAGUGCAUGCAGAAACUGUCGCCGGAUGCGUUUAAGACGGAUUUGCUUUCGGUAGUGCCCACGUACAAGGGCAAGCUGCGGGCGUUUUACCACGCAUGGAAUCCUUACGAUUGCAGUCGGCAUGUUUACAUUAAGCCCAAUGGGUUUUCCUUGCAUAGAAAUCCAGUGGCCCAGAGUACGGAUGGUUCCCGUGGGAAAAUCGGUUUCCAGCACGGAAGACAUGCGUGGGAGGUCAGAUGGGAGGGCCCAUUGGGAACGGUUGCUGUGGUCGGGAUCGCAACAAAGGACGCUGCAAUACAAUGUCACGGAUAUUACGCUUUGUUAGGAGCUGACGAUCAGAGUUGGGGUUGGAACUUGGUCGAUAAUCUGCUGCUCCACAAUGGUGACGCGCAUGGGAUCUAUCCAUUGCUCAAUAAUGCGCCGAAAUACAAAGUGGGUGAGAGAAUUCGUGUGAUUCUGGAUUGCGAUGAUAAUACUCUUUCGUUUGAAAAGAACUACGAAUUUUUAGGAGUGGCUUUCACAGAUUUACCCGACAAGGUAUUCUAUCCGACGGUGGCAGCCGUGUACGGUAACACGGAGAUCUCGAUGGUUUAUCUUGGUCCGCCGCUGGAUGGCUAAACAAACAAAAAAAAAUUAAACAAGCAAGAAUAGAAAAAAGACAAGUAGCAGCUAGGAUAGGAAAACAAAAAUAAACAGAUCGAAUCAACUUCGCCCACUUUUCAAGAUGUCCACGAACGAAGAACAAGCGAUAAGCGGAAACUUCUUAUCUGUCCGAGCGAUAUUUCGAUUAAGCUAGUAUUCGCGCGGAAGUAAUGUAACAGUUGAAGAAUCAACACUCCAGCAACACAAUCUCUCUUUACGAAUGAUAACUGUAGUGUCAGAUUUUUGAUAUAUUGCAACCACUAGAAAGCAGCGAGGAAAUUUUGUAUAGGAUUUUAAAAAGCGAGCACUGAGAUUGUUGCCAUACUAGUAUUAGCGCUGGUCAUUAUAUGCUUUAAUUUUAUUUAUAGUUUUUUUUGUUUAGUUCUAGUUACAAUCAUUGGUUAGUAUAGAAAUAAGAAUAGGUCGAAUUUUGAGGCUAUACAUACAGUAUUUUGUAUUUUAUGUGUUUACGUGAACUUAUUUAUUUUAGUAAUUUUUGCAUCGUAAAAGUGAUUACAUUCCAGUUGCAUUUUACCAAAGAUUUCUGUCUGAUUCUAGAAUUAAUCGUUUGCGCUAACAUUCCUGUUGAAUUAGGCUCUAUAUAUGUAUAUGUACACAACAUAAGUCCACAAGAAUUAUUCGUUCAAACCGCUGGGAGAAAUUCUGUCAUGUUAUGAGAUUAAUUAUAUCACCAUAAACUCAGCUGAAUUGUAACAAAUCGAUGAAAUAUAUUAUGAACAAAGGAAAAUUGGCAACGUGCUUCACUGGCACGCACGCACGUCUGUCAGUCUGAUUUUAAUAAAUGUUAUAUUUAAUUA